AUGUCUUAUGUCAAUAAAAGUCUGAGCACCUGUGUGAAUUCCCUGGUUCUUCAUUUAGAAUAUGUGAAAUGUAAAAACUUGAGUAAUUAUAAAAAGAAGGGGAAAUAUUAUAUGAUAAUAACUUAUGACAAUAUAUUGUUUUAUGAAAAAGAUUUUUAUGAAGUAUGUUUCCACAUUUUUUUUGAUGACAUUUUGCAAAUAUAUACUUGUGAUGUUUCUAAUUAUAUUCAUAUAACAUUGAAGGACCAAGCAGUUACAAACAAUAUAGGCAUAAAAGGAAUGAACAAAAAUGCUCUAAUUAAACAAUUAUCUAUUGCAUAUAGUACAUUCUAUAUGUUUCAACUAAAUAAAAAUAUAUACGUUCCAAUAACAAAUGAAACAUAUGAGGAAAGAAGAAUUCGAACUGGACAUUUUGAAAAACCCAAAAUUGAUACAUCAAUACAGCCAUUUAUAGGUUAUAAAAAGGUUGUGUUUGAUGAUUACUUUUUUUUCAUUCGAAAAUCAUUUCAAAACUUUAUAUCAAUUUCAUGUGAAAGCAACUUUUAUGUUGACUACAGAGGGAUUGAAAUCAGCAUAAAAAUUGAUGAUCAAAAAAAUAUUCUGGAAAUAGAACAAUCUCCUGAUAAUAACUUUUUUCAACUAUGUAGAAAUCAUAUUAAUUUUUUAACAAAUGAUUCAAAAUGUCCUUUAAUCAUAAGAAAAAAUGUUUAUAAUAAAAAAAUGAACUUGUCUGAUGACCUUGCCAAAUGGUCAGGCUAUGAGAUAUAUUUUAAAAAUGAAACACACACAGUAGUCUGUAUAAUUUUUAGGAGAACAUUUAUACCACCCUUACUUGAUAAAAGGCAAGACAUAUUUAUUACCUUUAAAAUAUCUCAUGAAAAUCAACAAGAAUUUAAUGUAAGUGAUAAAGAUUUAUAUGAUGAAGUGUACAUUGUAUCAAAUUCAAUUACACCCAAUGAAAUACAUAAUACUUAUUAUGUCAACCUGAUUCAAGCACAAGUAGAUGCCCUCAUUUAUGAUUCUAAUGUUUAUGAAUACUUUGAAAAUAUUAUAAAAAUAAAGCCCUCCUACUUUGAAUAUAUAAAAAUGUUUUUCAAGUCCAUGUUAAUUAUCUUAAAAGAAGGAGAAGUAAUGAUCGAUUCAGAUAUAAUAGAAUUUUUGGGAGAAGACACAAAAGUGGAAAGAAAUCUUGAAUACUUACUGAACGUUAUAAUGAAUAAAAUAACAGGCUUAAAUUUGUUAGAUACUCAUAAAAGUGAAAAAAUAAAAAUUAACAAAUUUUUGCAUCGCCUUUCGGAUUACUUGAUAUAUUGCCUUGAUUCAGGCUUCAUAUCGCAUAAAUAUAAUGUAACCGAUUUUAUAAACGGAUGUCUAUCUAUAAACAAAGACAACAAAUUGACUAUUGAUAGUAUAGUUAAUUUUUUUCUACAUUUACGAGAAAGAGAUUACAGCAACAGAUACGAAUUGAAUUGUCUGGAAUUUUUAAAAGAAGAUGAAUCAAAUGAUAUUGAAAUAGAAAAAUUGCUAGAUAGUAAAAAAUAUUAUAUCAACGAUUUUUUUCUUUUUUAUUUACAUCAGUGUGGGUAUAUAAACAAAUAUUAUUAUUAUAAAGAUGAUAAUAAUUAUAAGAAAAUAAUAUCAUAUAUUUUAAAAUAUGGGAAAAAUUUUGAAAUAAAAAAAAAGAUAUGUAAAAAUUUAUUAAUAUUUUCAAAUGAUUAUAAAAAUAAAUAUAUACCUUUAGUAAAUUCAAUGAUAUGUUUUUUAAGUUUUAAUUAUUAUGAGAAGAAUUUCUGUUUAUUUAUAUUAAGUACAUUAAUAAAUAUUACAAAUAAUAAUGAUGAAUUAAAAAAUCGAUUAAUUGAAUUAAAUAUUAGUACAUUAUGUAAUUUUUUAAUAUUAUUAAAUGAUAUAGAUAUUACAAAUAAAAUUAUUUUAUUAUAUAUUAAUUUAUGUAAAGAGCAAUAUAUGUGUGAAGAUUUUAUAAAUAAAGGACUUCUUAUACAUUUUUUAGACAUAUUAUUUCGUUAUUAUUAUAUUGAUUUAUAUAUAAAAAAACAAAUAUGUAUUAAUAUAUUAUGUAUUAUUGGACAUAUAUUUAAUUGUAAAAAAUAUUAUAUAUUCAUAUUGAAUUAUUAUAAUGGUUUAUUACAGCUAGCCAUUUAUAUUUAUCAAACAACAGAUUUUAUUCAAUUCGAUAAAUUAAAAUUAAUUUUCUUUUUUAAACAAAUAUCGCAACAUAGUUAUAUCAUCAAAGAUAAAAUUUGUAAACAUAUCAUACCAUUAGUUAUAAAAGAAAUCUAUUUAUAUAUUAACAAAGAUUUUAUUUAUUCUUCUCUACAUUUAAUUAAUACAUUAUCAGAUUAUAAAAAUAAUUGUUUGUAUCUUCAAAGAGUCAAAAUUUUUUAUCUAUUCAAUUUUAUCAAGCAACUCAAAAUUUUGGAUCUUUAUCAAAAAGUGGAGCAAUUGGAAAACAAACUCAAGAAAAAUCUUAACAUAAUUUAA